CGCAGUGAAACGGGGAGCUUGUCUGUAGUUCGGAACCUCGCUCAGCCCGAUGACGGCUCCCUUGCGAGGCAUAUUGGCCUUGUGCCUGGCCGGCGGCGCCGCUUUCGUAGGCGGUGGCCUCUUUGGCUCCACCCGCCGCACGACCGCGACGCCGCGGCACGGCACGCAGAUCGCGGAGCCGCCGACGCCCACCGACACGGAGGCGGACUACAGGCGAUCCCCCUUCGCCCAGUGUCUUGUGGAGUUCAAGAGGCAAGAUGGUUCGUUGCAUGGGGAGUCGUGGCUCUUCCACAUGGAUGCAGCCUUUGAAGACACCCAGAGGGCCGAGAAGAAGCCCAGCUUCCCGCGUUUGUUGAAGAAGAGCUCCUACAUCUGGGGCCGCAACACCAAUGUCAGGUGUGUCCCUUUGGACUCCUUGGUCAGUGUGGGUGGCAGCUGCUUGGAAUGUGUGCGCCUCUUCGUGGGUGGCAUCUAUGGUGGUGGUGUCAUCGUGCCAGCUGUGGACUAUGGGGAGCCCAAUAAGACUGAUUGGCAGCCCUCGGAGUGUCUGCAGCUACGGGUCUUUGGACAACCACCUGUGGGAGAUGACAUCAAGUAUGCGGAGACAGGUGGUGGCACCGCAGCGGGUCACGAACAGCGGAUGAGCACCUUUUGCCGGGUCGCGAGCUUUCCACACCUGGGCUGAAACACUCCCAGGAUGGGACUUCAACACGAUGUCGAGAUUUGGUGUUGUGCUUGGU